AUGGCUCUUUUGUUAUUGAUUAGUCUCUCUCCAAUCCCUUGUUUUAGGGUCCCCCUCAAGAAAAGAAAAUCCAUGAGGCAAAACCUUAAGGAACAAGGCUUGUUAGACGAUUUCCUGAAGAAACAUCCUCGUAACCUGGCAUCCAAGUACUUCCCCAAGUUUGGCACUGAGCCCAUAACAAACCACAUGGAUCUUCAGUACAUGGGGACCAUCUCCAUCGGCACCCCACCCCAGGAAUUCACCGUCCUCUUUGACACUGGCUCUUCCAACUUGUGGGUGCCCUCCGUGCACUGCUCCAGCCUAGCUUGCACCCACCACAACCGCUUCAGUCCACAGGAUUCCUCCACCUACCAGGCCACACACCAGAGCAUCGCCAUUCAAUAUGGUAUUGGCCUCAUGACUGGCUUCCUGGCUUAUGACACCAUUGAGGUUGGAGGCAUUCAGAUCACCCACCAGAUCUUUGGCUUGAGCACGAAUGAGUCUUUUUUCACCCUCUACUUCCUCUCCUUCGAUGGAAUCUUGGGUCUGGCCUUCCCUAGCAUCUCUCUCGCAGGAGCAACCCCUGUCUUUGACAACAUGAUGAAUAAACACCUGGUGUCCCAGGAUCUCUUCUCUGUCUACCUGACCUCAAAUGGGGAUAGUGGGAGCUUUGUGAUGUUUGGUGGCAUUGACUCAUCUUACUACUCCGGGAGCCUCAAAUGGAUUCCCCUGUCUGCUGAAACCUACUGGCAAAUCACCAUGGACAGAAUUAUGAUAAAUGGCGAAGCCGUUGCUUGUACUACUGGCUGUCAGGCCAUCAUUGACACUGGCACCUCUCUGCUGACUGGGCCACCAAAUGAUGUCUUCCUCAUCCUGAAACACAUUGGCAUCAGCCAGAAUUCCUAUGGCGAGUAUACAGUGAACUGCCGUGACAUCAACCACCUGCCUGAUGUCAUCUUCAUCAUCCAUGGCAUUGAGUUCCCUCUGCCUGCCAGUGCCUACAUAUCCCAGUCAACAGGCUAUUGCACAUGCAACUUUGAAGGUAUCAGUGUCCCCACGGACUCUGGUCAACUCUGGAUCCUUGGUGACGUCUUCCUCCGCCAUUACUACACCGUCUUCGACAGAGCCAACCGCCAGGUGGGCCUGGCUCCUGUGGUGUGA